UUUAAGUGGUCACUUAAUUUUUUAUUCUAAAAGAUAUGAGAUAUGACCAUUGAAGAUAUUUUUAGUACUCAACACAUAACCCAUCUACUACUCCCAUCAAGGCGACAAAGCCAUCACAGGCCCACAUAAAAAUCCUCUGUAUCCUAUGCAUCGAACGGACACAACAAACCUUCAAAUUUCAUUCAAAAACAGGAAGGUUAAAAGAAAAAAAACAUAAAUCCACACUAAACGUUCUAUCUAUACUCAACCCACAGCCAAAAAAAAGGCAAAACAAAGGAAAAAAAAAGGAGAAUAUGCGCCACCGCGGCCAACCGUCGUGACCUCGCCGCCGGUCACCGGUCCAUGGACUCCGCCGCCAGCGUCCUCGCCAUCCUCAGCAAGCUGCAGUCCCUCGGCUUCUGCGCCGAUCUCCGGGUCCCCGACGCCGUCGCGGCCUCCGACCCCUCGGAGGCGUUCGACGCCGUCCUCGCCACGUUCCUGCGCGAGGCCUACACCGGCGGCCGCGAGGCGCGGCCUAUCCCCGUGGCUCUUGGAAAUGGACGAUGCGUUGACCUUCUCCGCCUCUUCCUGGCCGUCCGCGCUGCAGGGGGCUACGCCGGCGUGCCCAACACUCCCGGUGGUUGGGCUGCCGCCGCCGAGUCUGCUGGCAUUGACUCCGCCCUCGCGGCGCCCGUCAAGCUGGUCUACGCCAAGUACCUUGGUGCCCUAGACCGCUGGAUCCAGAGGCUCGUGGAAGCACAUGGGCCCUUCUUGGACGGCGACAUGAGGAAGAGGCAAGAGCUGUUCAUUGGUACCGAUGGAGUGGAGGGAGAAGAAGGGCUCCUGGGCUACAAUGGGAGGGAGCAGCGGCAUGUGAUGCUUAAGAGGAAGAGGGGGGACGUGGUUGGGAUGUUGGGUUGGGUGAGGGAGAUGGCCGAGAAUGCUGGCAAUGAUGUUGCUGUCUCUGCUGGGUCGUCGGCUGAGUGCUUCUCAAUGGCAUUGGCGGUCAGGAAGAUGGUUACCACGAAGAAGGCUCGCCGAGCAAGCAUGUUGGACGCCUCACUUUUUCAGGAAAUAUUCCCAAUGGCUUGCAAUUGCUGUAUAGGUCCUACCGGUGUUGGCAAUUGUGCAAAAGCAAAACUACUGAAUGGUUCUUCAGUCCUCACAAAACCGGACAUCAACUUGACUGGAGAAGGGAAACACGAGUCUAGGACUAGUAACUCUUCUAAUGGUUGGCUUUUUAAAAGCCAUCAGAAAAAUGAAAUACCUGUUGGCCCCAACUAUCAAAUACACGUGCCACAAUGGACUAGUGAGGUGCCUACAAAUUAUGAUGAUCCAGAAACUCUGAAAUGGUUGGGAACAAAGGUCUGGCCUCCAGAAAAUGAAGGCUGUAAAACAUUGUUUUGUGGUGAUCCUAUUGGCAAAGGCAGAGAAGUUGUUUGUGGUUGCGUUUAUCCUGGAUCAGUGGAAUGUGUUCGGUUUCAUGUAGCAGAAUGGAGACUUAAGUUGAAACAUGAACUUGGUGCAGCUUUCUAUGCAUGGGGAUUCAAUCGUAUGGGUGAGGAGAUUGCACUUUCUUGGACAGAUGAAGAGGAGGCAAGUUUCAAGGCCGCAGCACAACAUAGUGCUGCGUCUUCUGGCAGGAAUUUCUGGAACCGCCUCCACUUAUUUUUUCAAUUUAAGGGGAGGAAAGAACUGGUGAGCUAUUAUUUUAAUUGUUUUCUGCUUCGAAGGAGGUGCUACCAAAACAGGAUCACUCCAAAGAACAUAGACAGUGAUGAUGACGAAGAAACAGAAUUUAGAUUCCUGGGGAAUCGACUUGGUCACCGUGCAGCUAAGUAUCACAGUACCAAGCACACCGCCUGCAUUGAAAAUACACACUCUAUGGACCUGGAUGAGUAGCUGUUGAUUGUAUUUUAUGAAGCUGAUUUAGGUCUGCAGUUAGUUCACUUGGGAGACUGAAAUGAUGAUAUUCCUCUUAGUGAUUUAGUUAUGUUACUGACAGUACGCAUGAGGUUCAAGGAGCUAAGAACCCAAGCAAUUAGUUACUGCACAGAUGGAUUGUGCACAGAUGGAUUGUAGGCUGAUCCACAAUUGAAUUUCAAACUCAAGUUCUGAUAGGGAAUUCAGGUAAUACUGGUCACUGAGCACUUACUUACAUGGACGCACAUCCAGAAAGUGAGAAUGCAAUGAUUUGACAGUGUAUCGUUUGUUUCAACUUUUUUGUAGCUUUCUUUUUCUCUUUGUGAAUUAUUAAUCGGGUCCUUAUCCAAUAAGAUACAUGUUGGUUCCAUGCUCUAGGCUCCUGUUGUAGUUCUCUGGAGCGAGAUGGAGCAGUGAGCAUCUAUGUAGAUGUUAGUGUUCUGAAAGUAGUACUGUUGUUCAUUGUAGACUCUGUUUGUCUCUGAGAAACUUAUGUGAAGAUUUCUUUUUCCAACCAGUCGAAUGGCAUGCUAGCAGUCUGAUA